AGCUUUUGAUCAGUUGGUUCACAAAAAUCUUGGUUGUCGAACUGCAAUUAUGGCUACCAGUAUGUCAGAAGAGGCUCAACAGGCUACCAGCAUGUCAGAAGAGGCUCAACAGGCUGCCACCAGCAUGGGAAAAUCAACCCUAGAAAUACUUGUGAUCGGAAAAACUGGUGUAGGAAAAUCUGCACUAAUAAACGCACUAGUAGGCUAUGAAGUUUCUCCUGAAAGCUCAAUAGAAGUUGGUACUUUCAAGGUGGAAACAAUCCCAACUGAGAUGUAUGGUGGUGUAAAGGCAAUAUUUUAUGACUCUCCUGGUCUUCACGAUGGAAAAGGCCAAGAAAAGGAGUAUAUGCAACAGAUCGUGGAUGUUAGCGAUAACCUAGAUCUUGUUCUCUUUUGCACCAAGCUCACUGAUAACCGUGUUACACAAGAAGAUUGUGACACUAUUUGUGAGUUUACCCAGGUUCUCGGUGAGAGGUUUUGGGAAAAUGCUGUUUUUGUUCUCACAUUUGCAAACAACGUUCGACCAAAGACUGGUCUCAACGAUCCAGAGAAGAAGAAAAAAGCCAUGACGGACAAGCUCAAGUUGAUGACAAAGAAAUUACAAGAAGUUUUGCGAAGCAAGGCAAAAGUAAAAACACAAAUUGUGAAGAAAAUACCAUUCGUACCAACUGGCUAUUACACUCCAGAGCUCCAAUAUCUCCCCGAUGGAUCCCACUGGUUCUCAAAUUUCUGGAUAUCAUGUUUUGUUAAGGUAAAAGAAGAUGGUAAGCCUGCUAUUAUCCAAGGUUGUCUUGAUUUGUUCAAAACUGAAAAUGAAAAACGAGCUCAGCAAGAGCAGCUUUCUCCAGCUUAUGAGCCUCAAUCAGCAGCAGUAAGUUACCCCAUGCCGCAAAUGAGCCCAUCAAUCGAACCACCACCAGCAUACUAUCAAGAUGGAUUUCAAAAAAGACAAAUCCCCAUGGCAAUUCAACUUCCAAAUGAUACACCGACAUACAAAACAAUCAUGCAAUUAUUAUCAUGGGGAGUUGGACACCUCGGUCUGCCAGGUAAAGUAAUAUCUUGUAUGAUGGAUAUUGGAGUCGGAGUUGUUGACCUGUUUCGAGUGUUUGAUUUCGACGAGGACGAUGAUAAGAGUUAGUGAUUUAUAUCCUAUAAUUAUAAUUAAUAUAAGUGUAUCGGAAUAGCUAUACUUUUUGUGCAUGCCUCUCCAGUAUUUUUGUGGGAUUGAAGUAGAUACGAGUGAUGCAAGCUGCACAGUACCUCUCGCCAUGUUUUGCUUUCUAUUAGAGUGUAUAAUUAUAGAAGAGGUAAUUAGUUCGCUUUGUAUAAUGUUAUGACAAUUAUUGUUGACACUGAA